AUGUCUGCUGCUCCUGUUGAAGAAAACAUCAACAAUGAGUCUCAAUUGACUCCAACCGCUUCCGGUUCCAACUCCGUUCUAUCUACUCCAUCCAACAAGGCUGACAGAGAUGAACUAAAAGAAGAAGGUGAAGAAGACCAAGAAAAUGGUAUCGCCUUCGAUGAUAUGCCUCUAAAACCUGCUUCUGCUUACGUUACCGUCUCUAUCAUGUGUGUCAUGAUUGCUUUCGGUGGUUUCGUUUUCGGUUGGGAUACUGGUACCAUUUCUGGUUUCGUUAACCAAACUGAUUUCAUUAACAGAUUAGGUCAAAAACGUCACGAUGGUUCUCACUACCUAUCUAAGGUCAGAACUGGUUUAAUUGUCUCUAUUUUCAACAUUGGUUGUGCUAUUGGUGGUGUUAUCUUAUCUAAGAUUGGUGAUAUUUACGGUAGAAAAAUCGGUCUAAUUACUGUUGUCAUCAUUUACAUUGUUGGUUUAAUUAUUUCCAUUGCUACUCAAAAGGCUUGGUACCAAUACUUCAUUGGUAGAAUUAUCUCUGGUCUAGGUGUUGGUGGUAUUUCUGUUUUAUCCCCAAUGUUGAUUUCUGAAGUUGCUCCAAAACAUUUGAGAGCUACUCUGGUUUCCUGUUACCAAUUGAUGAUUACUCUAGGUAUUUUCUUAGGUUACUGUACUAAUUUCGGUACCAAGAACUAUUCUAACACUGUCCAAUGGAGAGUUCCUCUAGGUCUAGGUUUCGCUUGGGCCCUAUUUAUGAUUGGUGGUAUGACUUUCGUUCCAGAAUCUCCACGUUUCUUAGUCAGUGUUGGUAGAUAUGAAGAUGCUAAACAUUCUAUCUCCAUUUCAAACAAGGUUCCACUUGAUGAUCCAUCCGUCGAAGCCGAAUUCGAUGUUUUACAAGCUGCUGCAGAAGCCGAAAAGUUGGCUGGUGAAGCCACAUGGGCUGAAUUGUUCUCUACCAAGAACAAGAUCUUCCAACGUCUAUUCAUGGGUUGUAUGGUUCAAUCUCUACAACAAUUGACUGGUGAUAACUAUUUCUUCUACUAUGGUACCACUGUUUUCAAGGCUAUUGGUCUAGCAGAUUCUUUCGAAACUUCUAUUAUUAUUGGUAUUGUUAACUUUGCUUCUACCUUUGCUGGUAUUUUCAUUGUUGAAAGAUUCGGUCGUCGUAGAUGUCUAUUGUGGGGUGCUGCAACAAUGACUGCUUGUUUUGUUGUUUUUGCUUCUGUUGGUGUCACAAGAUUAUAUCCAAACGGUAAGAGCGGUUCUUCCUCUAAGGGUGCUGGUAACUGUAUGAUUGUUUUCACCUGUUUCUACUUAUUCUGUUUUGCUACUACCUGGGCCCCAUUGGCUUUCGUCAUUACAUCUGAAACUUACCCAUUGAGAAUGAAGUCCAAGGCUAUGUCUUUAGCUCAAGGUUGUAACUGGAUGUGGGGUUUUCUAAUUGGUUUCUUCACUCCAUUUAUUACUGGUGCCAUUGAUUUCUACUACGGUUACGUUUUCAUGGGUUGUCUAUGUUUCUCCUGGUUCUACGUUUUCUUCUUCAUUCCAGAAACUAUGGGUCUAUCUCUAGAAGAAGUCGACCAAAUGUGGCUAGAAGGUGUUCUACCAUGGAAGUCUGCUGGCUGGGUUCCUCCAUCCAGAAGAGGUGCCGAAUACGACGCCGAAGCUAUGGCUCAUGAUGAUAAGCCAUGGUACAAGAGAAUGUUGUAA